AUGCGAUGUCUGCGGUGGCUCAGUUUUGUUGUAUUCUGCUUUUCUCAAGGUUUGUGUCUUGAUUUAUUUAAUUUUGAUUGAAUCACGGUACUUUCAGUGAGUUGUACGCCAUUUCUGAGGUCAUACUUGUACCGAUUAGCCGAUCCAGGAUCUUCAUAUCACAGUGACCCGUCAAUUAUGCCUUUUUCUUUUAAGGUAAUGAUUUUUCUCUUCAAAAGUUCUUGUUUUUGGGUUUUUAACUCAUUUUUUAAAGCAAAUCAGGUCUCGUAGCGAACUACACUAUGACUUGGGUUUUCAGAAACUGUAGAAAAUUACUCCGAAAACAUUUUUGGAAAGAGAUGGUUCUACACAAUACUUCAUACAUUCAAUAAAAGAUUGAGAGAAAAAAGUUAACAAAAAUAGAAAAUACCAUUUCUAAUCCUGAGUGAAACUGUGAUAUAUUUUAAGAACCGGAAUUUAAGAAAUUUUAUAACCAAAAAAAUUUUUCGAACUUUUUUUUCUAGAGGAUGGUAUAGACGGUCUUGAAAAAAAUUCAUACGGCAUUCUAUAUUUAGAACUUAUUUUAUAUUUUUUUCGCAUAUUUAACAGUUUUCCCACCAAACAUGAAUUUCCCGUUUCAAACCCAGUUUUUACGCAAAUCCUCACGAAAAAAAUUGAUAUAUGUAUUUCAUAUUUUUUUGAAAAAUUAAAAAAAGUAUAAAUUAUUUUGAAAGUUGGUACUACGACAAGAACGAUUUUUCGUUUUGCGAAGAGUACGGUAUGCGGAAGUCCGUAAGUGGCGCGUGCACUGCGCGUGUUUGCACACUGCGCGUGGUCCAUAUUCUCUUUUUUUCUUCCCAGUUUUGUUCUAAAUUUAUGGAAAUGGAUUUCAACUUGAAACACCAGUAAGUUUUCAUUUUGACUUAUUAUAAAAAAACUAGAAAUUCUAAAAUAAAAUGGAAGGUGGACCACGCUCACUGUGCAAACACGCAAAGUGCACGCGUCACUUACGGACUUCCGCAUACCGUACUCUUCGAGAAAGAAAAAUUUCAAUUUUUCUCAUUUUCAAAACUAAUUAUUCGUAUUUUCAGCAAGAUCUGUUCCCGAGAAAGUCAACAGUAGCGGACAAGGAUUUUUCAAAGUUCAGUUCGGCGAAAAGAUUUUUCCGCGACAUUCAAAUCAAUAAUCCGUUUCCAGGCACCCAGUUACGGCUCCCUUGA